AUACAAAAUCCCGACGGCAACAAAACAAGUAACUCAGUGUGUUGGGUGCUUUAUUUUCCAAGGCAGCUGCUUAGAGUAUCAAUCUGUCAGGCAUUGAUGUAGACAGCUCAAAUGGGCCCUGAUUGUGAAGCCCACAUUUUAAAACUACAGAAUAUCCUGUUUUCUUCACCCGGACCAGCUGAUUAGUCAGGGACUGUCAAACUUCCUGUCAAAACAAUUAACUGCCUCAGCUGGAGUUUUCUUUCUUGACGAAUGUCUCCAGUCAUGUUUUUUUUGUUUCAGUUCUGAAUGACAAUGUUAACAUAGAUUAGAGUCUGCUGUUUCAUUCUCCCUCACCAUCGCCACCCUCCCCCCUCCCCACCACCAACUCCUCAACACCUUCCCUCCUCCCCACCUCACUCCAAUCUGCCCUCUGGAUUGGAAAGCCCUGCUGCUCUUCUGGCAUUAUGCCCAUCAGCAGUGUUUCCAGGGUGUGAUCUGGUUCAACUCAGUUUACAGAAGAGACUUUUCAACAAAAAAAAAGACAAAAUAUUUCGUGACACGCCAAGCACUCAAGAGCAGGGAAGAGAACUGUCAAGAAUGGAGAAGAGCAAUGGAACUCAGGAUUCCACUAGUAGCAGCACUGAGCUACCAGUGACAAUUCCAGAUGAUGCUCCUGAAUGCUUCAUCUGUAGGGAACUGGAGGUGUCAGAUUGUGAUUCCUUGUUGCAGUACUGCGACUGCAAGAGUUUAGUCGCUCAUCACAAGUGUUUGCUGACGUGGAUACAAAAGGGCCCCAGGAAUGAAGACAGGCUGAGUUGUAAAGUAUGCACAGCUGAGUACCAUCUUCAGACUGGCUCAGCGUGGAAGCUUGUUGCCUUCCGUUGGCAGAAUUGGGUGAUUCUCGCAGUAAUCCUGGGUCUAAUGACCAUUGUGCCAUUUACCGUGCACAGGAUGAUGACAGCCUUCCAUGACCCACCACCCCAUUCUCUCUUUAAAGCAGCAUCUGUUUGCUUUGGACUACUGUCAGAAACCUUCUUGAUCAAGACACUCAUCUAUUGCUGCAACAGCAAAUACAAGAAGGCCAAAAUGUCCUCGUUCUCCAUCAGGGGAAGAAGUUUGGAGAAAUCUGACCGAGGGAGGAAUCUCUUGUGGCUGCCCAGUCACAGUCCGGGAGCAGGGGGCAGGAUGGAAGGAAGCAAACAGGAGGCAGCUCGACCCAGCAAAGGUCUGGAGCUGUGCGUGUGAACUCACCAGGGGAGCUGGGAGAGACCAAGGCUCAGAGAUAUUACCUUCUCCACUCCCUUCUCUGCUUCCCGGGCCGGGGCAAAGGGAAACAGUUUGACUCUUGGUGACUCACUUUUAACUGCAGGGAUGAGCAGCCUUCUGUCCUGCUGAAACUCUGACUGGGUAGGAGCCACACUUCGACAGAGUGCUGCAGUUAUUGUUUUGCACAGAAUGUGAUGCCUGUGUUUACCAAGGGAGGGCCAGUAUUGAGAGAGAGAAAGGAAACAAAACACUGGAGGAAAAAGUAUUGAAAAGAAUCAAGUGGGAUGUCUUGGGCAAGAAACUUUGUUUGGAAAAGAUCAGGAGCCUGCCCAAGCUUGCUUGCUUUCUGUAUUUGAAAACGCCUUUUGUGAACACUGGGAAGACAAGAAUGCAAUGUUGAGAGACUUUUAAACUGAAUUUCACUUGCCCUGCCUUUUAGCACACCUCCUUGCAGUUCGUUAUGCCAAAAUAUAUUAGUCCAUACUCUGGGAGUCACUAGUUCUGUGGACUGCACCCAUGCAUUUCAGAGACUGAAACUUUUCGACAGCACUUUCUGUAAAAAUAGAUGCAACAGUACUUUGUGUACACGUGGAAUUAAUAAAAUCUAUAAGGCGC